CGGUCUGCCCGUGCCCAGCUCUCCACCAGGCUGCCCAAGACGUGGAAGCCGCAGCUGUUGGAGCGGCAGUUCUACAGGGAGAUCCUGGACGCCACGCUGACCAUCACCGUCACCAUGCGCACGCUCGACCUGAUCGACGAGGCUUACGGCUUCGACUUCUACCUCCUCAAGACCCCAAAGGCUGACAUGUGCUCAAAGCUGGGGAUGGACCUGAAGCGAACGAUGCUGCUGCGCCUGGCACGGAGGGACCCUAAGCUGCAUCCCGACGACCCAGCCAAGAGAGAGGCCAUCUAUGACAAGUACAAGGAAUUUGUGAUCCCAGAAGAGGAAGCUGAAUGGGUUGGCUUGAGUUUAGAAGAAGCCAUAGAAAAACAGAGGCUCCUGGAAAAAAAGGACCCAGUCCCACUCUUCAAGGUGUAUGCUGAAGAGCUCGUCAACCAGCUGAAAGAACAGGCAGUGCAGAAGCAGUAGAAGGAGAGACCUUCGGAGCAACACC